AGGUCAGUGCACGUCACGUAGUUAUUAUUCGGAGUUGAGAAUUCUGUGCAAAUUUAUUUGUCUCGAAGUGUAACAAAAAGAAUUCCUGAGACUCUCUCGCGGCAAGACAUUACAGGAAGAAACGCGGAGGUCUCAGGUAUAGCGAAUUUUAAAGUUGAAGAUUUCUCUUUAGAAAGAAGUGCCCGCGUACUUGAGUGGUAUAACGCUGUUGUAUGUAAUUGUGGUAUUGCGUUUGAAAACUUUAUUUUAUUAAGGCACAGCCGUCUAUUUGGCGUCUGUGAAGGGCAGACAGAGUGUGUGACAGGUUAUGUCAACUGGAUUGGCAGGUGCUGUUUCAAAUCAGCGGAUGAAAGGACAAACCAACAGUCAAGUGAGCAAUGGUCCUAAAGAACACCAGCAGCAGGCACAGACAGAUCAUGCUGGUGGAGAAGAUUCUGGAUUUGAUUCAUGGAGAGGAGGCAACAGUACACAUCAUUCAAGUUAUCCAAUUGGGACUGGUGACCCAUAUAGUCCUUAUUAUGCAGGUACUUCAUUCCCUUAUCAAACAUUUGGUGCUGGGGAUGGUACUUGGUCAAAUGGAACAGAUCCCGUUGCAUUUCUUUCUGGCUAUGGAGGUCAAAUAGGUCAUGAUGCAUAUGGCAUGGAUGGAAUGUUCUCUGCUAGUGCAGGAGGUGGUUUUAGUACAUUUGGUCAACCUGCUUUUAAUUACUUUCAUGGAAAUGGUGAUUUUAGUGCUUGGGGCACUCCAAGAAAAACACGCUAUGAAGAUUAUUAUCAGGCUCCACGUGGAAAUGAAAAUUAUCCAACACCUAGUAAUGCAGAAAUUAAGACUAUUGAACAAAGUGUGCAAGGUUUGUCACUAGGAAGUGGUGAAGUUCCACGUCAAGAUCAGCAAACUUCAUCAAAUCAAUCAAUAAAGUCAGAAACAAAAGAACCUAGAAAAAUAACAUGGGCAAGUGUUGCAAGUCAACCUGCAAAGCCUGUUCCUCCACUUUCAUCUUCUCAAGGAAUGAAAAAAAAGGCUGGAAUGCCACCACCACCUAUUGUGCCAGGAAAACAUAAUAUGGACAUUGGAACAUGGGGUGAAGGUAAAUCAUCUGCACCUCCUCCAACAGCACCUCCACCACCACAAGUACAGCCUCCUAUUCCACCACCUCCACCAUUGGCUCAGAGACAAAGACCUCCUCCUCCUCCACCAUGUUGGAAUAGACAACCUACAACACCUCCAUCACCACCACAAUCACAGAUUCAUAUGCCUCCACAACAACAACAACAACAACAACAGCAACAGCAACAGCAGCAACAACUACAGCCACAACAACAGCAAAUUACACAAUCACAGUCACAUCCUGUUUUAGAUGAAUUAAAAGUAAAAAAUGAUUAUAAUCCUGUAGAAUUUGAUGAAACUGCUCCUGGAGCUAGGUUUUUUGUAAUCAAGUCUUAUUCUGAAGAUGAUAUUCAUAGAUCCAUUAAAUAUGAGAUUUGGUGUAGUACUGAACAUGGUAAUAAAAGAUUGGAUCAAGCAUAUAAAGAAGCCAGUCGUGAAGGUGCACCUUUAUAUUUAUUCUUUUCUGUUAAUGGAUCUGGUCACUUUUGUGGUAUGGCACAAAUGGUGUCACCUGUUGAUUAUAAAAGCAACAGUUCUGUAUGGUCUCAAGAUAAAUGGAAAGGUCAAUUUCGUGUACGUUGGAUUUAUGUCAAAGAUGUUCCUAAUGUGCAACUUCGUCACAUUAGACUAGAAAACAAUGAGAAUAAACCAGUGACUAAUUCAAGGGAUGCACAGGAAGUCCCUCAUGCAAAAGGUGUAACAGUGCUACGUAUAUUACAUACUUAUCGGCAUUCAACUAGUAUUUUUGAUGAUUUUGGACAUUAUGAGCGUAAACAAGCAGAAGAAGAUCAGCGUAAAGCUCCAGCAAAUGCUAUACAACAUCAUCAUUCUUCCAAUCAUAGAAAUAGAGGACAUUCAGAUUUAUCAAGGGAUCAUCAUUCUCAUCAAUCGCAUUUACAUCAUCAACGCAAAGAUCGAGAUGGUGGUCGUGGUAGAGGCAGAGGAGGUUCACGCCAGUAGCAAUGGAUACAACAAAAAUAUAAUACUGUUCAUAAUAGUAAUCAUCAUAAAGAAAGCACGCUACGACUAAUUAUCGUCUUACUACUUAUCUUUGCUUUCUUGGAUACACAAAAGGCUUCUAAUUCCUGUGACAAAACUUUCAUUAUUGAGACUAUUUCCUUCUGUUAAAUAAUCAACUUGUAUGAUAAUUAGCGUCGCGUCGGCAUCAUGAAUAUUAUCUAAUCGUAACUACUAUGAAGAGGAACGCAAUUCAAUUUCAAGGGAUAUUGGGUAACCUUGCUGAGUUGUAAGCAUAUAGUGUGGUGUUGCGUGCUAUUCAUCGAAAGGUGUUUCUUAAACGUACAAAUUAAAAAUGAAAGAAAAAAAGAAAUAUGGAACAGAAGAAAAAACUGUAAUAUGUGGACUAAUCCUUGUAAAAUGCUUAAACUUUUGUUGAUAAUGAAAAAUCUAUGCGAGAACAAUA